AUGGCAUCCCUCAACGAUCUUCAACAACAGAUCAAGAACCAUCAUCUCACCAAACCCUCUUAUACUCCCCCUAACCCCAACUUCUGGACCCUUGAAAUUGACCUCGACACUGUCCAAGCACUCAUCCUACAAUCCUAUGGCAGUCUUGAUGACUUCAUUGCGCAUUGCUCGGUUCUCCCUGUGGUCCAUAAACCCACCACCCCACGCCCUGAUAUCGAUGCCAUCACCCUCACCAAAGAAGCAUUCCUCUCUCGCAUUCAAAAACGUCAGGCAAAGAUUGAUGACUUCAAGGGUCAACUAAGAGACGCUGAUGCUCGCUUCAACGAGGAAUGGCUCGAUCAAUACGAUGAGGACAAGUACAAGUCCUAUUGUAAGCUACAGAAGGAAUGGGACGAAUAUGACAAGUGCGCUAACGAGAUCGAAGAUACCAACCACAAGAUCCUCUCCCUUCAGCACGAUAAGGAUGGGUUGAGGGCUAAACAACAGCAGCUCCAAACACAACUACAAGAAUCUAAGGACAGGCUCUCCAAAUAUCAAACCAUGGUUGAAACCAUCGAUCUCGCUCAACAAUGGGAUGAUUAUGACGAGUUUGUGUUGUAUCACAAGCUCCUCCGUGGCCGCUUCGAGAAAGAGCUUGACACAUGGAAACGCACCUUCUUCAACCUUGAUUCCAAGCUUAACCUGAAACAACAGAAGUUGAAUCUUAAGAAACGCAUUGAUGAGGUCCAGAACGCAUUCAAUGAACACAACAUCUCCCACGCACGCCUUCAGGAACGCAUCGAGACACACAACCGUCUUAAACAACAGUACCUCCUCUCUGUUCAGGCCGUCAAUCACCUACAAUUCGAUGCUGACCUCUUGAAAAUCGUUGUCAAUGACUUCAAGAACUAUAAAAAAUGGAUCUAUGAAAAUCAUAUCCUUAAUCACAUCGUCGCUUUCGUUAACAAUGUCAUCAAACUCUCUUGCCAUCACACCACUAAACCCUUCCAACUCCAUUUCGUCGUUGGCAACACUAAUGAGGUCGUUGAUGACCCUCAGUCAUUCAAGGGACGCUUCGAUGUCCAUUGGUUGAUCCGCAAUCAUAAUCCCACCACCGAUUCUCAACCCACACACAUCGUCUCCGCUAAAUUGGCAUCUGGCUUCCAGAAAUUCAUCAUCUCUAUCGCUUUGCGACUUGCAUUCACACGCUUCCAUAACAACCCUCCCUGUAAACAGCUCUUUGUUGAUGAGGGUUUCAUCGGCCUCGAUCGCUUUAAUAUCACCAUGGUUCCCGGAUUCCUACGCAGGCUUCUCGAUUUCUUUGACUCUGUUAUCCUCGUCUCACAUAUCGAAUAUCUCCUCGAAAAUGUUGACGUCUCCGUUCACAUCACCCGCAAUCCCGACAAUCGUUCCCAUCUACAGUUCGGAUCACAACUCUCAUUUCACUAA